CUGCCAGUCUGGUGGACACUCUGCAGGUAUGUCUCUGCAGGCUUGGGAGUGGGAAGAAGAUGAGGAUCAGGGAAGCAUGGAACCCAUCUCUCCUCUGGCAAGUUUUUACAAGUCCCUGAGUGACUGCGACGUGGAAGAAUACCUCAGGGCCAAGGCCAGGGCCCAGGAGUCAGAUUCUGAUGACCACUUCAGUAUGGACUCCUCAUUCAAGACCGCCAGCACCUUUGACUCAGACGCACCCCAGGUCGUCCCCUGCAAAUUCGUUAUUUCGCUUGCCUUCCCAGCAAAUGCAGGUCAAAAAGGAAAAUACACAAAUUUUACUGAUAAACAUAAGAAACACUCUAAACCGGACAAUCGCACUACAAAAGCUCGCCGUUUCUAUCACAUUGAGUAUGUCUUCCUGCCCGAUGAUGGAGAACCAAAAAAAGUUGAUGUAGUGGUAUUUCCAGGAGUUGCCAAAGUGUUCCUGGAAUCAGUAGUAAAGACGGUGAAGCCGUGGCGAGAAGGUAACAAAAUCUGGGUGUCAUGGAGCCAAACUUUCAAUGUCAAUAUGACAAAGGAGUUAUUAAAGAAAAUAAAUUUCCACAAGAUCACCUUGAGGCUCUGGGACACCAAGGACAAGGUCUCCAAGAAAGUCAGGUACUACCGUUUGAAGACUGGUGGUUAUUCAGAGGACACAGGAUCUUUUGAGGAAGUAAGAAUGUUGGUUUUAAAUCAGAAAAAAAUGUCUGAAAUGGAUACUGAGAGAGUCAGCACUGUCAGAGAGAAGUACGAUAAGGAGUAUCUGUCAGGAACAAAAGAAAAGGCAGAAAAACAGUCACAGUCUCAACAAGGUUCCCACCAAACAGACCUUGAAAUUUCUUCUAAGAACAGUGAAGAAUAUGAAAAGUCACUCAAAAUGGAUGAUCUUUCUCCAUUUCGACGAAGUACUUCAAGAACAACAGCUUCUUUGGCAGGAACUGCCAUGUUGGAUAUUAAGGAAUUAAUUGAGAGAACAUCAUUAAGUAGCUUAACAAACGUAUCAGAAAAACAUAAGUCUCAAAAAAAAGAAUCAGAGUGGAAGAAGAAAUACCCACAGAAAGGGAAGAAAUCUCGAACAGAAGAUGACAUAGAAGCUAAAUUGCCGGAGGCCUGGGAGCAGAGCACCUUCUCUCUCCAGCUGGCGGUGAUGCCGCUCCUUGCUGGAUGUUACACUGUCGUCAGCCGCGGCAGUGAGAAGUCUGCCAACAUUUUAGAUUGCUUUUUGAGUUUAAAAACAGAAGUUCCUAUCAUGACAGAGGAGCAAAAGCAGGACCUAAACCCCCUGACCAUAAAGAUCAAGUGUGCCUCCUGCCUUCCCUCACAGCCUGUGCCCGUGAGUGAUCUAGAGCUCCUUUUCAAACAGCUUUGGGCACCCCCGCCUGUGCACGGGACAUGCAAGGUGCUGUACAACUCAAAGCUCCUGUUUCGCCACCGUCUCUAUGCAGACCUGGAGACCAUUCUGUACCACGUGCACCUGUUCAGGCCGCUGUCACUGCUCAUGCGACACCCAGCACUCUACGUGCGCAACGCUGUGCCACGCAGAGCCUUCCUGGCACUGGCCAGGUGGGGAAGGAAAAAUAUCACCGAAGUCUACCAGGUCAAGAAGCCUUCUAAGGCCACAGUAAAGAUGAUCAGAAUUUCAACAGCUCCCAACAAGGCUGUGCACAACUAUAGUAUUCAGACCCUGAAUUCAGCAGAACUUGCCAAGAAGGAGCUGUACAAAGAGAUGGCCAAGGAGCCGAGAAGGAGAUUCACAUACUCACAGAAUUACCUCUCAGCUACCAUGCAGCCUCAAGACUCAGAGGAAGAGAAGAAGAAAGCCCAGAAGAAGUCUCGCCAGGCCUGGCUCACAGCCAAUGGGUUCCAAGUGUUGGGGCUUCAGAGUGACACUGAAAGCCAUCACCAGCCUCUCAGCCUGAGCACCAUCGGAGGGCUGCAUGAGGUGCACAGCGGGCAGCAGGGCCCGGGGUGA